AUGUCAAAUGUGUGGACAUUCGAUGAUCUCAACACCAUAAUUAAAAAUUCAAUUUUAUGUUCAAAUCCUUGGUUAUGUGGAUUCUAUUAUGAAAAUGCCGAAAUUCUGGAAGAGAUCCAAGUCGGGGAAAUCAAGAAACUCAAUCUUUUACAAAUAAUCUGUGAUUUGGGUGAAAAUAUUCGACAGAUACCGUUAGAAGCAUUUAAUCAAAGCGGAGCACUUGACCUCAUAUCAAGUGAUAGGAAUACCAUCCCCAGGUUGGAACAUCUGGAAAGAUGA